GCAUAACAGGGGUGCCAGGUUCCCUUAGGUAGGCUAGUGCGUUCCCACACCUCAACAUUCUCUCAAACCCUUUCAUGGGUCUGUCUGCUCACUCUUCGGCCGUGCGGUGUCUUCCCACUUYUGACAUCGAUGUAGUGAACUGGGCGGUGGUCUGACUCUGCAUACAAUAACACCACUGUCUGACUGAAUAGCCGGAUUUAUGUUUAUCCAUGCGGCAUUGUAACAAAGCACUGCAGGAGGAAAAGGCACCAAGCAUGACUGAAUAUCCGACCAACCUCCUUGACGUCAGAUAGUUGCACUUGCAUGAGAGAGAUGUCGACUUCCUCGAAUUUGGGAUUUCCAAAAGCACAGGAAACAACUUUAGUACAUCAUUUACUUUUUCGUCCGUCGUUUCCAGGUGAAAUGAGUGUGUAUUCUUUUCUUUUCUAGGCUCAGCAUAAGACUUGCUUACCUUUUCCUGUAUAACCUGCUUCAGUUCUGUGGGCACACAUGGAUAUUUGCAAACAUGACAGCCAGGUUUCUCACAUUUGGUGGAGACGCGCUUGCUGACACCUUCUAUGCUGUGGGGGUUGUGAUGAGUCUAUGCCAGCUGUUGUCCGUGCUGGAGCUCUUCCACAUCGCYGAUGGGAUCGAGAAGGCACGCCUUCUGCCACGGUUUGUUCAAGUUAUGACCAGAAACUUCCUACUGUUUAUGGUGAUAGUCAGUCAAGAGGAGAUCCAGAGUAAACCAGUUGUGUGUGCACAGUUUUACCUGUGGAAUAUUCUAGAUCUGUUAAGGUACCCCCAUGUUCUCCUGUGUUUAAUGGGAACGGAUUCCUUUGCCAUGCUGUGGGCUCGAUACACCCUAUCCAUCCCCAUCUACAUAAUCUCAGUCAUCACAGAAGGCAUUACCAUUCACCAAUCACUGCCUUACUUUGAGUCAUUGGGAACAUACUCAUUCCAGCUCAGCCUGCCUGUGUCUGCAGACAUUUACUUCCCUAUCCUCCUGAAGGCAUACUUACCUUUACUGGCUGUUGGGGCUUGUGUAACAGUGUGGCAUUCGCUGAGUGCGAGGGAACUGCGUCUUGACAAGUGGAAUAAGAAGAUUAAAAGGAAAUGAGGUGGAUUUCUUAUUGUAGGAUAUAUCACUUCGGGAGUCACUUAAGAAGACAUGAUAGACAUUAUUACCCAACAGCAAAUGAGAACAUCUUCCUAAGAAGCCCUCUUUGCACAACAUCGCUUUGACGAGGUCACACUUUCGUAAUAGUUGGCUAAGCAAAAUGUUUAUAAACGUGUUCAGUUGAGAAACUUGCUGGUCUUUUCUUCCAAGGCUUGAUGUCCAAUCUAAGCACUACUUCGUCUAAAAUGAACAAAACAUCAGAAAAUCAGUUUGUGUUAACAUCUCAAGUGUUUUAAUGAGGAACUCAUGGUUGCACAACAAGUCUUUUUCUCAAUAAUGUUAGUAAAGCAAACAAUUGCACAGUACAAGUGGCAGGAAUGAUAAGCUUCCAUACACACACAUAUAUAUGUACGUACGUACGUACGUACAUACAUACAUACAUACAUACAUACA